UGAGUUUCCUAAUGGAAUGCGGAUAAUGGUGAUGCUUUAGGUCCUUCUGAACCAUUAGUGAUCAUUCCCCACAUCUGGCACAGACAAGCAACGAUUACUGUUUUCAAAUACAGAAGGCAAAUUCAAAGGCCAUGUUUUUGGCAACUGAAAAUCAUAGGACUUGAACCAGGAAUUUUUGGCUUUUUAAAAAUGUGACAAAAAGACUACUUCUCUUUGUCUGGAUUGUUAGAGUUUAACUCUUCCAUAAACCCUCGGACACGACAUCGCCUGGAGGUGUCCGAUGAGGCGGUUUGCUGGAUAUAAAACAGGGAGACGUGAGCUCCUUCACGUUGAGCAGCUGCUCUGGUUGUUGGCAGUGCUGGUCACCUGGACUCUGGGGACUUCUAGGUUCUGCGCUGUCUUCACCACUCUUAGAUCCCACGUCCCUUCAUUUAUCUGCUUCUUCUCUUCCAGGAAUAGUAACAGUAGUUCCUCCUUAGUCUUUCCUUUUCUGGGUAUUGUUCAUGUUCUUUGAAAACCUGAGAAAGGCACCACAGAGGUUGUCGAAAGCUGAGACUCCGUAGUGGCGGGAUCAGACAAGUCAGUGGAAUCUGGACAAACAUGCUCCACUUCUGUUAGCCCAGCCCAGAGGGCAGAACCAGGCAUGGACCCAGGCCCUAUUAUCCUGAACAGAAUGUCAGGCGCAGACCAUAUGGCAGCCCCAGCAGGUCAUCUGGUGGAAUAAGCCAGUGUUCCAAAGGCAGGCUGAGUCCUUUGGCAUCUCAGUCACGCCUUGGAACCCUGAGCUCUUCCUUUGUCUAGAAUGGUUCCUUUCCUGGAGGCCCGCGGGGAGCAGCUGGGCCUGGCUGGGGCUCCGGGUACGCAAGCUAACAAAAGAAGAGGCUUUUAAUUUCUCUUGUCACCAAGUUACGCUGGGAAGCCCUGCAGUCCUCCCUGAAAAAAAGACACGAUCUGUGUUCGUAUCUGCCACGAUAAUCUUCUGCUAAUUUUAUUUUUUCUUUUUCAACUGUAGAAGGUCCCUAUAUUUUGUGUUUUCGCAAAGCUAGUCCUCCUCUUGAUCUCUUAAGAAGUUGAUGUGUUUGUCAUCUGCGUGGAUCCUCUUGGCUUAGGUACGGAGCUCAUCUUCCCACUCUUUUCUUGUGUUAUUUUCACAUUAAAUGAAGAUUGUUCCUAGGACAAUUUACCUUUAACAUGUUACCCAGUUUGAGUCUGGAUGGACCAGCAAAACUUGUAGACAAGUUGUCACUAGAAUUCGGCUCCCUGGAGCCAUGGUUCUUCUCAGAGGUCAAAUUCUGAGAUCCCUGUUUCUGAUUUGCUUAAGAUUUGGCAAAGACAGGUUAGAUCCUGUUUUAUGUCCCUUCCUGCUCAGUUCCUUUUAAGUUCAGUUCCCUUUUGAAUUAUUAAUAUUUGACCAGAAGCAUUACUGAUGGAGAUAUCGGUGUGCUUUGCUUUAAAAAAUUUGACUUAAACUGAAAACCUUACAUAAGAGCUGCUUUAAUUUUCAGAAAACUUUCAAAAGAGCCAGCUUUCCUCAUGCAUGUAAAAUGAAAUGAAAAUAAACAAAAUCGACCCAACUUUGGGGAAGACCUUGAUUAUAAAGGCAAAGCAUUAAUAAAGAACACAACAGGCUUCCAUACCCUACGGCGUGCCUGCGUCUCCCUUCUGGGGCAUCUACUGCCACCUUCCUUUUUUCUUCUAUCAGAAUCUAGCCCAAAAGAAAGAUCUUAUAAAGCGAUUCAUACUGAUUUCUGGCUUGAUUAUGCUUUAGCACUACUUAACUUUUUAACUGGAAAAAAGGCUAUCGGCCAAAAUAAAGAAUUCCCCGUUGCAGGAUCUCUGCCUAAUGACUGGCUGAUUUUUAUUUUAUUUUUGUUUGUUAGGUAGUGGGGAGUCAAGUAGGCUUCCUGCCAGUCCCAUAGACCCUGUUCUUUAAUCUCAGGAAGAGCUCUGCUUUCCUCUCCUUUGUUCUGGGAAAGCUGCAAAAUGAACAGGAAUUCCAGGAGGGUGUGACAGAAAUCACUUACUCCUUUGGCCCGUGUUACCCAUCACUCCUGGAUGAAAGAGCAAUUUGUUAAUGAUGGGUAAGUGUGGAAAGAGGCAUCUGUUGCCAUUUGUAAAGAACCUCUUGGUUUUGCAGCACCCGGAAACUUACGAACUGGGGGCUAAUGAGGAUUGUGUGCCAACGUCAUAGGAAAACAAUUGUAGUCUCAAGACUAUAGGUGUUUGGGGGAAAUGGUAGCAACAGGUUCAUGUGGCACCUGUGCCAUAGCCAAGUCCCCAACAUGUGUACAACCUCUUUCAUAUACCUACUUCUUCCUAUAUUCAUUAAAUACUGGCUGAAGACCUCCUGGUCCCAGUCCCCUGUGCCUGAUGCUGGGAUAGAGGAUGACUAAGAUCUACUCUCUCUUUCAAGCACCCCACUUUAAUAGAGAAAAUGUGAAAAUAAGUAAUUACUAUGAUAUGAUAAGUUCUGUAAUAGAAGAAUUUACAUGGUAGUACAGUAUGAUUAGCCAUCCUUAGGAGAGCAGUGUGGCCAGAAGAGAGGAAUUUGGGGUUGAGGGGAGGAAUAGAAAAGAGGCAAAGGCCAGGGACAUUUUGAGCGAAUAAAUAGUUUCCAAGAAAGGUGUUUCAGAGAGAAUAGUGUUUGCAGGAGACACUGCUUUGGGAUCAAAGUGGAGAAGUAUUGGUAGAUGAAACAGAAUCUGGCAAGAAUCAGAUUGUGGAGAACCUUGUAAAUCUUGAAAAUGAAUUUGUAUUUUAGCAUCAGGCCUUUAGGAACCAUUGAAUUGUUUUUAGACAAGAAAAUAAAAACGAUACUGUUUGUGCUUUGGAAAUAUCAUUCUAGGGGCUUUUGCAAAAUGAACUUAAGUCUACAAGAACAAAAAACAGUUAAGAAUGUGUUCUAGAGCAAUAAAGGGAAAAAUAAAUAGGGUGUGCUGACAAAUUGGAGAAAAUGAUAGAGAGGGAGAAAUCUAGGAUGACUCUCAGGUGUAAGGCUUGAAUGAGUAGGAUAUUAAAAAUAUCAGUAAUGACAACAACAAUAAUAGUAGUUGUAAUUAUUGGACCCUUAUCAGGUGCAAAGGGUUUGGUUACAUGUGUUAUGUAGAUUAUUUCACUGAAUCAUUGUAAUGAUGUAAGUGCUGUAAUUAUCCUCGUUUUAGGUGAGAAAACUUGCAACUUUGAGAGAUGAAGUAAUAUAUCCAAGGUCACAUGGUUGGCCCCAGGUCCCCACAAGGGUUCUUCUCUGCACCUUGAAGAUGCACAUCCUUCCAGAUUCUGAUGUGUCAGCAGGAACUCAGCUGUGUGGAGGGUAGCUGAGUGGGAUUUCUGAGGAGGGGCAGCUCCAACUUCAUCUUGGCCCACCAUGAGGUUCUUCCUGCCUUGUGCUUACAUGCUUCUCCUGAUGAUUUCCCGGCUAAGGGCCGUCAGCUUUCCUGAAGAUGACGAACCCCUCAAUACUGUUGAUUAUCACUAUUCAAGGCAAUAUCCGGUUUUUAGAGGACGCCCUUCAGGCAAUGAAUCCCAGCACAGGCUGGACUUUCAGCUGAUGUUGAAAAUUCGAGACACACUUUAUAUUGCUGGCAGGGAUCAAGUUUAUACAGUAAACUUAAAUGAAAUCCCCCAAACAGAAGUAAUACCGAGCAAGAAACUGACAUGGCGGUCAAGACAACAGGACCGAGAAAACUGUGCUAUGAAAGGCAAACAUAAAGAUGAAUGCCACAACUUUAUUAAAGUAUUUGUUCCAAGAAAUGACGAGAUGGUUUUUGUCUGUGGUACCAAUGCAUUUAAUCCCAUGUGUAGAUACUAUAGGUUGAAUACCUUAGAGUAUGACGGGGAGGAAAUUAGUGGCCUGGCAAGAUGCCCAUUCGAUGCCAGACAAACCAAUGUUGCCCUUUUUGCUGAUGGGAAGCUAUAUUCUGCCACAGUGGCUGACUUCCUGGCCAGCGAUGCCGUGAUUUACCGAAGCAUGGGUGAUGGAUCUGCCCUUCGUACAAUAAAAUAUGAUUCCAAGUGGAUAAAAGAGCCACAUUUUCUUCAUGCCAUAGAAUAUGGAAACUAUGUCUAUUUCUUCUUUCGAGAAAUUGCGGUAGAACAUAAUAAUUUAGGCAAGGCCGUGUAUUCCCGUGUGGCCCGCAUCUGUAAAAAUGACAUGGGUGGCUCCCAGCGGGUCCUGGAGAAACACUGGACCUCGUUUCUGAAGGCUCGGCUCAACUGCUCUGUCCCUGGAGAUUCCUUUUUCUACUUCGAUGUUCUGCAGUCCAUUACCGACAUCAUACAAAUCAAUGGCAUCCCCACUGUGGUCGGGGUGUUCACCACACAGCUCAACAGCAUUCCUGGGUCUGCCGUGUGUGCAUUUAGCAUGGAUGACAUUGAAAAAGUAUUCAGAGGACGGUUUAAAGAACAGAAAACCCCAGAUUCUGUGUGGACAGCAGUCCCUGAAGACAAAGUACCAAAGCCAAGGCCUGGCUGUUGUGCAAAGCAUGGCCUUGCCGAAGCUUAUAAAACCUCCAUCGAUUUCCCUGAUGAGACCCUGGCAUUCAUCAAAUCCCACCCGCUGAUGGACUCUGCCGUCCCACCCAUAGCUGACGAACCCUGGUUCACCAAGACCCGGAUCCGGUACAGACUGACGGCCAUUGCUGUGGACCACACUGCUGGGCCCCACCAGAACUACACAGUCAUCUUCGUUGGCUCUGAAGCUGGUGUGGUGCUUAAAGUUUUGGCAAAGACCAGUCCUUUCUCUUUGAAUGACAGCGUGUUACUGGAAGAGAUUGAAGCGUACAACCACGCAAAGUGUAAUGCUGAGAACGAGGAGGACAGAAAGGUCAUCUCAUUACAGUUGGAUAAAGACCAUCAUGCUGUGUACGUGGCAUUCUCCAGCUGCGUGAUUCGCCUCCCACUCAGUCGCUGUGAGCGUCAUGGAUCCUGCAAAAAGUCUUGUGUUGCAUCUCGGGACCCGUAUUGUGGCUGGUUAAGCCAGGGAGCCUGUGGCAGAGUGACCCCGGGGAUGCUGCUGUUAACCGAAGACUUCUUUGCUUUCCAUAACCACAGCGCUGGAGGAUAUGAACAAGACACAGAAUAUGGCAACACGGCCCACCUAGGGGACUGCCAUGAAAUUUUGCCUACUGCAACUACACCAGAUUACAAAAUAUUUGGCGGUCCAACAUCUGACAUGGAGGUAUCUUCAUCAUCUGUUACCACAAUGGCAAGUAUCCCAGAAAUUACACCUAAAGUGAUUGAUCCCUGGAGACCUAAACUGACGAGCUCCCGGAAAUUUGUAGUUCAAGAUGACCCAAACACUUCUGAUUUUACUGAUCCUUUAUCAGGUAUCCCAAAGGGUGUGAGAUGGGAGGUCCAGUCGGGAGAGUCGAACCAGAUGGUCCACAUGAAUGUCCUCAUCACCUGUGUCUUUGCCGCCUUUGUUUUGGGUGCAUUCAUUGCAGGUGUGGCAGUAUACUGCUAUCGUGACCUGUUUGUUCGGAAAAACAGAAAGAUCCAUAAAGAUGCAGAAUCUGCCCAGUCGUGCACAGACUCCAGUGGAAGUUUUGCCAAACUGAAUGGUCUCUUUGACAGUCCGGUCAAGGAAUAUCAACAGAAUAUUGAUUCUCCCAAAUUGUACAGUAACCUGCUGACCAGUCGGAAAGAGCUGCCACCCAAUGGAGACACUAAAUCCAUGGUGAUGGACCAUCGGGGCCAACCUCCCGAACUGGCUGCUCUCCCCACACCUGAGUCUACACCUGUGCUUCAUCAGAAGACCCUGCAGUCCAUGAAGAGCCACUCAGACAAGGCGCAUGGCCAUGGGGCUUCAAGGAAGGAAACCCCACAGUUUUUCCCUUCUAGUCCACCACCCCAUUCCCCAUUAAGUCACGGGCAUAUCCCCAGUGCCAUUGUUCUUCCUAAUGCUACUCAUGACUACAACACAUCUUUCUCAAACUCCAAUGCUCACAAAGCUGAAAAGAAGCUCCAAAACAUUGACCACCCACUCACAAAGUCAUCCAGUAAAAGAGAUCACCGGCGUUCUGUGGAUUCCAGAAAUACCCUCAACGAUCUUCUGAAGCAUCUAAAUGACCCAAACAGCAACCCCAAAGCCAUCAUGGGAGAUAUCCAGAUGGCCCACCAGACCCUAAUGCUGGAUCCUGUGGGACCUAUGUCUGAGGUCCCACCCAAGGUCCCUAACCGGGAGGCAUCACUAUACUCUCCUCCUUCAACUCUCCCCAGAAAUAGCCCAACCAAGCGAGUGGAUGUCCCCACCACUCCUGGGGUCCCGAUGACGUCUUUGGAAAGACAAAGGGGUUAUCACAAAAAUUCCUCCCAGAGGCACUCUAUAUCUGCAAUGCCUAAAAACUUAAACUCACCAAAUGGUGUUUUGUUAUCUAGACAGCCUAGUAUGAACCGUGGGGGGUACAUGCCCACCCCCACUGGGGCAAAGGUGGACUAUAUUCAGGGAACACCAGUGAGUGUUCAUCUGCAGCCUUCCCUCUCCAGACAGAGCAGCUAUACCAGUAAUGGCACCCUUCCUAGGACGGGACUAAAGAGGACACCGUCCUUAAAACCUGAUGUGCCACCAAAGCCUUCAUUUGUUCCUCAAACCACAUCUGUCAGACCACUGAACAAAUACACUUACUAGGCCUCAAGUGUGCUAUUUUCUGUGUGGCUUUAUCCUGUCCAUGUUGUCGAGAGGAUGAUGUUGUAAGGGUACCUUAAGAUAAGAGACUCCCUUGUAUUUUAAGAGAACCGAGUGGCCAAAGAAACUCUUUCUAACUUUGGCAACAUCAGAACUUGCCACAUGUAGCUACUACAGCAAAGCUUCUGUGUACUUGCCCGAAAACAAAGGAAGGUGCUGGUCAUUCCAUUUCUUUUGUUUGAAGCUAAAGAGAUGUGCAGCUCCCGGGGGCUGCCUUACCAGUAUAGAGAGCUGAUACAGUACUCAGAAGAAUCUGUGAGCAAAUACUUGAAAAUGGGUUCAACUUAGACUACCAUUAUGUGUGGUCUUCCCAUUAAAUGUGAACAUUUUAAUUGUAUGCAUUCACCUUGCCUCUUGCACAAAUGUCAAAAAACAAUGGUAAUGUCUCAAAGAAAUGAACUUGUAGAUUACCAAACGAUUUGCUAAAAAUUCAGUCUUUGACCCAAACUGUAGCAUUUUUUUCAAGUGUGGCAUUUUUUUUUCAUGCCACCAAUGAACUGUAGUGUGUGUGUGUGUGUGUGUGUGUGCAUAUGCGUGCGUGCCCGCGUGUGUGUGUUGAGCGUGUGUGUGUUCUGUACCCACUAGGAUUUGUUUUGGUACCCAUUGCAUCUUUUUGUGCUGUGGACUUGUUUACAUUGAGCAUGACUGAACAAGAGACAGUAACUUCUUCCCACAGCAGUCCAUUGGGUUCAGCUUUGAGAAAAGAAAUAAAAUCAAGGUUGAUCUGGCCAUCAAAAUUAUUAACUCGACUCACAUGGUCCCCAAUGCCAGAAUGUAAGAGUUCUAAGUAAUUUUGUGCUGCUAUUCAUUAAAACUUCUAUUACAGUCUUGCCAGCUUAAGGAGAUAGAGAUGUUAAGAGGUAUCCUUGAUUUAUCCACCAGUAUUCAGUAGAACAAUUUACCUGUCCACUGUGAAUCCAAGCCUGACUCACUGUAUUUAACCUUGAACACACUAAUAAGGUUUUAUUUUGAUGUUGUUUGGUUUCUCCCAUGUAGUACAAUUUCUCUUCCUUUAACUCCUCCUACCCCCAAGAUAAAAGAACAAAACAAAGCAGAAGACAAAAGAAGGAAAUGUGAAAGGAAUUCUAAUUGGCCUAACAGAGAGAGUCUCUGAAAACCGAAAGUGGUGCAAUCAUGUUGUCUCUGUUGUGUCAUACGAGAAUUUUCUUCUAAGUCAUGCAGG